UUCUGCCAGGAGUUGAUAUGGCUCCAUUAGUUACGCCGUUCUUUCUCUGUCUCUUCACUUCACCAGAGACUUAACUGCCAGGACUAGGCCGCCCAGCAGGAGUUAAAUAUUCUUCGGCUCUCCGCUGACUGCGAUGAGAGGAGCCACUGACGCUGAACGACCCGCUCGCCGAGUUCAAGUCCGUAAUCAGGGAAGCACCACUUCCGCUGACGUCAUCACGGCGACACGUGGAUCCAAGAUGGCGGCGGCGAUGGAUUGGUGGCUGUGGUCCCUGGUUCUUCUCUCUCUCACAGCUGAAACAAGCGCCUUCUAUGUCCCAGGGGUUGCACCAAUCAACUUCCACCAAAACGACCCUGUAGAAAUCAAGGCUGUGAAACUUACCAGCUCUCGAACCCAGCUACCUUAUGAAUACUAUUCAUUACCCUUUUGCCAGCCCAGCAAAAUAACCUACAAGGCAGAGAAUUUGGGAGAGGUGCUGAGAGGGGACCGGAUUGUCAACACCCCUUUCCAGGUUCUCAUGAACAGCGAGAAGAAAUGUGAAGUGCUGUGCAACCAGUCCAACAAGCCAGUGACCUUGACAGUGGAGCAGAGCCGGCUGGUGGCUGAGCGUAUCACAGAAGAUUACUACGUCCACCUCAUUGCCGACAACCUGCCUGUGGCCACCCGGCUAGAGCUGUACUCCAACCGUGACAGUGAUGACAAGAAGAAGGAAAAAGAUGUGCAGUUUGAACAUGGCUACCGGCUGGGCUUCACAGAUGUCAAUAAGAUCUACCUACACAACCACCUCUCGUUCAUCCUUUACUAUCACCGGGAAGACAUGGAAGAGGAUCAGGAACACACGUACCGUGUCGUCCGCUUCGAGGUGAUUCCCCAGAGCAUCAGGCUGGAGGACCUCAAAGCAGAUGAAAAGAGUUCAUGUACCCUGCCUGAGGGUACCAACUCUUCACCCCAAGAAAUUGACCCUACCAAGGAGAAUCAGCUAUACUUUACCUACUCUGUGCACUGGGAGGAAAGUGACAUCAAAUGGGCCUCUCGCUGGGACACUUACCUGACCAUGAGUGAUGUGCAGAUCCACUGGUUUUCUAUCAUUAACUCCGUUGUGGUGGUCUUCUUCCUGUCAGGGAUUCUGAGCAUGAUUAUCAUCCGGACCCUCCGCAAGGACAUUGCCAACUAUAACAAGGAGGAUGACAUUGAAGAUACCAUGGAGGAAUCUGGGUGGAAGCUUGUGCAUGGUGAUGUCUUCCGGCCACCUCAGUACCCCAUGAUCCUCAGCUCCCUGCUGGGUUCAGGCAUUCAGCUGUUCUGUAUGAUCCUCAUCGUCAUCUUUGUGGCCAUGCUUGGGAUGCUGUCACCCUCCAGCCGAGGAGCACUCAUGACCACAGCCUGCUUCCUCUUCAUGUUCAUGGGGGUGUUUGGUGGAUUUUCUGCUGGCCGACUCUAUCGCACUCUAAAAGGCCAUCGGUGGAAGAAAGGAGCCUUCUGUACGGCGACCCUGUACCCUGGAGUGGUUUUUGGCAUUUGCUUUAUACUGAAUUGCUUCAUCUGGGGAAAGCACUCGUCAGGAGCGGUGCCAUUUCCCACCAUGGUGGCUCUGCUAUGCAUGUGGUUUGGGAUAUCCCUGCCCCUCGUCUACUUGGGCUACUACUUUGGCUUUCGCAAGCAGCCAUAUGACAACCCCGUACGCACCAACCAGAUUCCCCGGCAGAUCCCUGAACAGAGGUGGUACAUGAACCGAUUUGUGGGCAUCCUCAUGGCUGGAAUCCUGCCCUUCGGUGCCAUGUUCAUUGAGCUGUUUUUCAUCUUUAGUGCCAUCUGGGAAAAUCAGUUCUAUUACCUCUUUGGCUUCCUGUUCCUCGUUUUCAUCAUCCUGGUGGUGUCCUGUUCACAAAUCAGCAUCGUCAUGGUGUAUUUCCAGCUAUGUGCAGAGGAUUACCGCUGGUGGUGGAGGAAUUUCCUUGUUUCCGGGGGAUCGGCAUUCUACGUCCUGGUCUAUGCCAUCUUUUACUUUGUUAACAAGCUGGACAUCGUCGAGUUCAUCCCAUCUCUCCUCUACUUUGGCUACACAGCCCUCAUGGUCUUGUCCUUCUGGCUGCUCACGGGCACCAUUGGCUUCUAUGCAGCCUACAUGUUUGUCCGCAAGAUUUAUGCUGCUGUGAAGAUUGACUGACUGGGGUGGACUAUGGCCAGGCCCGCAAUGUCCUCGGACAGGAAGCCACCCUGCGUGGGGGAACUGCAGGCACACGAAAUAAAAUAACUCCUGCUCAUUUGGAAUG